CUUUAUUUAGAUAGAUUUAUUCUAUUCUACUUCUUAAUUAUACGUAUCUAUAUUAUAGCAUGUUCUUUCUUCUUUUGCCACCUUCAUCAUCCCCGUUGCAUAAAAGUUACCAUUUUUGUACCUUGACAUGCAUCCAAUGGUAUCUUUUAUGGAAUCCUUGAUUUUGAUUGGCUGAAGAGCAUCGUUAAUUACCACUGGAUGGCGGCAAAGUUACCAUAUAACUUUUAUACAACGGGACACAGCUCUCCUCUCAUCUCUCUCACCCCCUCCUUGAAUCAAGACUAAUUUUGUAAACAUAAGAAAAAACAACAAACGUCAUUUAAUUGGUAAUGGAAGAUACGAUUCUUUAUGGGGGUAAAUUAUCCUCCAUUAUUGUCUUGAGAAAAAUAAUUUUUCAUCAACAGGUAUAUUAGUAGAGACAUAAUGAAGUAAAAGAUUGUUUUGAAUAUAAAGUAGAUGAAUAAUUUGGAAUUGAUGUACGAAAAUGUAUACGAAUCAAAUUAAUUCACAUUAUUUACCCGUGAUAAAUGCACUUACCAUUUUGGUAUGAUCGCGCGUAUGCAUUAUGAGGUCACAAAUGGGUCACAGGCGCGCGAUCAACACGUGCGCAUACUGCACGUGCUACAUGUAAACAUCGCAUCAUUCCCGAUCGAUCGUGAUAUCAACGCGACAAGUAUAACAGUUUUGUUGAAAAAAUUUGAGGUCCUUUCUUAAUGAUUGCGGCAUCUACCCAGAAUGUCAUGUCACUGUCAGUUAAUGCUCCAGGUGGUACGUUAGAUAUGAUUUGUUAAAAAAAAAAGAUAUCAUCACUUUCUUCAUACAUCCGAUUUUCAUGGGUCAUGGGGCUGAGCUGAGCUGAUCUUCUGAGGAUCAUCACCGACGUGACUUGGGGCGGCUGCUCGCUGGACCUCUCGCCACGCCCUGGCGGCUUUCCCUAGCUAGCUAGGCUAGCCCUUUGCUGGAGGUAGACUGCCCGUGCUGACAAUCAGUAAAAUUAAUUGAGAUCUAACUCUGUCUCUGCACCUGUACCUUGCUUGGAAGCUCCACUCCCUGGACUCCACAUGAUUUAAAUUUUAUUUUAGAUCUACGAAAAUUUCAGCGAUCAUGGCAAAGAAUUGGGGUAAAGUGAAACUACUGCCGUUGACAGAGGCUGAUGGUCGCAUGGAGUCUGCUCAUCAUGUCAAUGAGGUGUUUGAACUCUUAGAAUUCAACAAACAUUUCAGAGUAGAGAGAGAGAUCAUCAUUCAACUUACAGCUAUUCAUAGCAGAGUGCAAGCGGCUUUAGAACACUUUGGAGUAAGUGGGAAACUUGAACUAACAGAGGAAGAGAUUUAUGAGGAGGAGUUGAGAAGGAGGAGGCCACCUGGAUUUCUCACUACUAAAAUGAAACAGGAAAAGCUGAAUAAGCAGAGAAUUCUGGAUACAAUUCAUGAGUUUGGACAGAAAUGCAUAACAUGCGAAAGGAACAUGGAAGAAGUAAAUGAUUGGCUUUUUGAUGUUCAAACUACUCUGGAAAGCAAUUUGGUCACAGAAGAAACUUUAAAAGAUAGAGAGAAAGACAUGAUUCAACUAAAUCAGGAUUGUAGUCAGAUAUGGGCAGAUGGGACAAGAUACAAGAAACGUCAUAAUGAUAAACUGAGGAGACUUGGGAAAGAAAUAUUUGAGCUUUUAAAUGAGUUGAUGCAGGACCACACACAGGAAGAUAGUGAUGAUGAGGGUGAAGCUAGCAGUCAUCAUGUUAGUCAACCAAUUGAUAAACUUGCUCUUCUGAAACCAAAAGUAAAACGGACUCAACAUCUUAUCUCGGAUGAGCAAACUCUCAAAGAAAUAGAAAAUUGGAAGAGUGCUGCGAAGGACGUGGAGGGUUCUCUGGAUGCGGCUUGUAGGAUGGCAAGGACAAACAAUGAUCGUACAGCCAUGAGAAAUGCGGUAAAGAAGUUUAACUUUAUGAUGUUAGCCAUGGAGAGAAGAAAUCAAGAAAACAGCCAUCUUGGUCAACAAAUCUUAGAAUGUGAGGUAAAGAUCAAUCAUGUUUCAAGGUUGAAUGAAAAACAUGAAGUAGAGAUGAAAAAGAAGACCCAGAGAAUGGAACAGAUGGAAAAUAUCAUAAAGAAGAACAAUGAAAAGAUGGUUGAUCUCCAACACAAGCUGAAGGAAUCUAGGAUGGAAAUAUCCUCUCUCAAGACGAAGCUUGAAUCACAAAUCAGCGAGGAUUCCCCCAAAUAUGCAGCCCAGUUCAACAGUCUAGAGAAAGAGAAAGUUGCUGCUGUUGCCAAGUGUAAGGAACUAGAAGGAGCCCUUGUCAAUCUGGAAGAUCAUCACAAGAAGAUGGUUGAAGACCUAGAAAUGAAGUAUAAAAAUGAAGCGGAUACAGUAAUGAAGUUGGAAAGGGUUGUUGACAACUUGGAGUCUGAACUGCGGGAAACUCUGCAAACCCAAGAAGAGUAUGCCCACCAGCUUGAUCUAGCUGAAUAUCAGAAGAUGGAUGGGAAGAACCAGACCGAAUCACUCAGAGAACAAUAUAAAACACAGAUCAAAGAUCUUAAGAAAGAUAUUGAUGAUCUUCACCGAGAGAUUUCAUCACAGAAAGCUGAAUUAGAUUCAAAAGAAGCAAUAAUAGAUAAGCAGGAGCAAAAGAUCUCUGAACUCGGAAGGCAGGUCAAGGAAGCACAAAGGGCACCCAAGGUCAAGGAAGUUCCUGUAUCCAGUGACGCAUCAACAAACUUCAAACAACGUCUGACUAGCAUCAAAGGAGAUUAUGAAUCUGAGAUUAACAAACUGAAAGACUAUCUGGACAAAGAGAAGAGUCGAUUUCUUGCUGAGAAGCGAAGACAAGAGCAGGACAUUAAGAUGCAACUUGGUAACAUUCAUAAAGAGAGCAUCCACAUGAUGAGAGCUAUUAAUAGAUUCAAGGAAAGCAUCGCUGUCAUUUUAGAAAAAGAAAGUCUUCUAGAUACUGCUCAUGAAAUAAGGCAGAUGGACAAUCUUAUUAUUGAUGAGAAAGUUGCAACAGAUAUCAGAAGAUCUUUGAACCAGUUGGCUGGAAAUGCUAUGGAAUUAUUGGUGUCACUUGAAUUAAAGAUUGCACAAGCUCUUAUGAAUAAGCGGAUAGAGCUAAAGGAAGCAAUUACCGCCAAAGUGAAGACUCCAGCAACACCCCCCUCUCUAGACAGCAGUGUAGAUGUGGAUAAACUCUGUCAGGAGAACCAGCAGUUGAACGAAAGGAUAUUAAAGUAUCAAGACCAGAUGAAUGCAGCUCAGGUUAGCUUUGAAGAAAUGAAAAGGAUCAAUGAAGAGAAGUAUAAUGCCUUAUUGGAGAGACACAAGACACAAAUCCUACAUGCAAGCAACCUACAGAGGGAGUUAAGAUCACUGGAGGUUGCAUUCCGUGAAGAGGUGAAGAAGAGAGAUGCUAAGCUGAGAAACAUGAGGAUGAGCCAAGCUCAGCAAGAACGUAACCAACAAGUUCUUGUAUCAAGACUCAACAGUGUUGAAGAACAGCCCCGCCCAGCUCUGAAGAAACCUAAUGUUGAGCAGAUGAGGAUGAAAGUCAGUGAUCAACUCAAGAAUCUCAACAUGCUAGAAGAAGCCUUCAAGGAAAACAAAAUAUCACAAGAGUUACAUACGAUAACUGUGAAUAUAAUCACGCAAACAAUGGAGGUUCCCGAGAUCAGAUUAAGAAGUCUCUUUGAGAGAUACAUCACAUUCAGACGGUUGCAAGAACAGAAAAAGGAGUUAUUUGAAAAGAUAAAAAGUGAAAAGGAGGAAGAGAAAGAGAAGGACCAACGUCUUACCAGCUUUUUGGAGAGGAUGGAAAAACGAAUGUGCACGAGUAUCAAUAAAUGGAGGGAUAGAAGAGAAUUACUGAAGCAACAAAGGACACAGCUCUAUGAACAAAUGAUAGCCAUCUUUGAUGCUGUAUCACAAGAAGCUGGUAUCAGCAUGAUACGACCUACGACUGCAACCUUCAGACCUUAUAAACCACCAAGCAGGCGACGCAAGCACAAGAUACCAUCUAGUGGUGUUCAUAUGGAUGUACCUGUUAGCAUGGAUAAGGAGUCUGUCAUUGGGACUAGCAUGGCCCUGUUGGGAGAACCUGGACCCUUCUGGAGGAUGCCUGCUAACUGGGAAGCUACUACAGCUCUUGUGACUGUUCCAAGGAUGCUUGAUAUGGAUGUCAAUACAAGACGCAAGACUGCACAGGAUGUUUUGCUAAGACUUGGCAAGGGCAGUGCCCAUCGCAAUAUCAACCCUCCGAGAAACAACCGAGAACCAUCAAUACCCCCUAUUGCAUCCCUCUUUCCUCCAAUUUCCAAAUAGCCUUUAAUGACUUGAGCUCUACUUCUCUGAGACAUUUAUUUUCUUUUAUUAUUGAUUCAUUGCAAUGUCAUCGUCGUUUUUCAAACGAGAAAGUAUUGAUAUUUUUAAUUAGUAAUUUGUUUGAUUGGUAAUUUAUCAUUUUAUAGAUAUUAGUCGAAGUGCUUUAAAAUCCGACAAAGAAGUGCAGAAGUAAAUAACAGUGGUUCAGAGGGCUAUUAUGAUAUAAUGCUCUUAAAAUACUUGUAAGAAACAGGAAUAGCAAAUUUGAUUGAAAAUGUACUUUCAGAAAUACUGCAAUUUAAGUGUUUUUAAAGUCAAUUAAUGCUGAGAAAUAUGAAUUGAAUGUCCAUGUGCUACUAUUUUAUUGCAAUUAUCCAAAAUGUCAAAUUAUUUAAGAUUAAGUCUGAUAACGAAGUGCCACAUAAGUGCAAUAUGAGGUGCUCAAAAUGUUUUCAAAUCAGUAAAUGAAUUCUGAAAUAUUAAAGAAAUGCUUGUGAUUUGCAGAAGAGAUAAUAGUUGAGUUUUUUAAAUAAAUAUUUGUAUAUUUUUCUUAUUUGAAGCAUAUCCAAUCUAAUAUUAGCAUAAAGGCAAUAAUAUAUUAAUGAUACUUGCAGCUGAUUCAUAAUAUACUUUUUAUUUGAUUGCAGCAUAAGAAGAAAUACAUUGUUUUGCAUUAAAAUCUUUCUAAAAGCAAGUUUUGGAGGGAUAUGAUUUUGUAAUGAUGUUGAAUCAUAUUUAUACCAACUGUCAAAUAUGAAUGAUUGGUAACUUUUCGAGAUACAACUAACCAUUAAAAAUUGCAAGUUGUGUAUGAAUAUAAA